AUGUCAUCCGUCAAGGACUUUCCCAAAAUCAAGGCCAUUAGGUCUUUCAUUAUCGGUGGUGUUGGAUCGGGCGGUGAUUAUCAUAACGUCAAGGGUGGUCACUGGCUCAUCGAUAGCGAUAUUUCAACACCAGCUUCAAAAUGGGAACAGUACAAGAAGUCACGAACUAGCUGGGGUAUAAAUGUUCUGGGCUCGUUUCUGGUCGAAAUUGAGGCUACAGAUGGGACAGUAGGCUUCGCCACUGGCUUUGGAGGUCCGCCCGCCUGCUGGCUCGUUCAUCAGCACUUCGAGCGUUUCCUCAUCGGCGCUGACCCUCGCAACACUAACCUUCUCUUCGAGCAAAUGUACCGAGCCUCCAUGUUCUACGGCCGCAAGGGUCUUCCAAUCGCUGUCAUUUCGGUCAUCGACCUCGCCCUUUGGGAUCUUUUAGGAAAGGUCCGCAAUGAGCCUGUCUACCGCCUCAUCGGCGGCGCUACCAAGGAGCGACUCGAUUUCUACUGUACCGGCCCUGAGCCCACAGCUGCCAAGGCAAUGGGAUUCUGGGGAGGCAAAGUUCCUCUACCUUUCUGUCCCGAUGAUGGCCACGAGGGUCUUCGCAAGAAUGUUGAGUUCCUGCGAAAGCAUCGCGAGGCUGUUGGCCCCGAUUUCCCCAUCAUGGUCGAUUGCUAUAUGAGUUUGAACGUCAGUUACACAAUCGAGCUUGUCAAGGCUUGUCUCGACCUUAAUAUCAAUUGGUGGGAGGAGUGUCUGUCGCCCGAUGAUACUGAUGGAUUUGCGCUCAUCAAGCGUGCCCACCCUACUGUCAAGUUCACCACUGGUGAGCACGAGUACUCUCGAUAUGGUUUCCGCAAGCUUGUCGAAGGUCGGAACCUCGAUAUUAUUCAGCCCGACGUCAUGUGGCUUGGUGGUUUGACUGAGCUUCUCAAGGUCGCUGCAUUGGCUGCUGCGUAUGACGUGCCGGUUGUUCCUCACGCGAGUGGUCCUUACAGCUACCACUUCCAAAUCUCCCAGCCCAACACUCCUUUCCAGGAGUAUUUGGCCAACUCACCUGACGGCAAGAGUGUUUUACCUGUAUUUGGAGACCUCUUCAUCGACGAGCCUAUUCCUACCAAGGGGUAUCUCACGACCGCCGACCUGGAUAAGCCUGGAUUUGGGUUGACCAUCAACCCAGCCGCUCGAGCUAAGCUUAUCCCUAGUGACUAUCUGUUCAAGGUUCCCGAGAUCCCUCAAAAUCCCUCAACUGACAAGGAAAUCAAGUCAAAUGAGCAACCCGACAAGCUUAAUGGCACUCUUGACUCCCUUGCGGCCAAGGUAGAAAGCCUCACAACUUCGACGAGUUCUUGA